UCUCGUACUAUAAAACUGUUGCCAAGGCCAUCGCAAUUCGCAAGGCCCCUCUCAUCAUAGCCACCAGCGCCACCAGUUUGAAAUUGCAAUUCUCUCCAACCUUUAUCAACUGUCAAAAAGUAUGGAGUACCAGUACCUAAACGAACAUACCUCGUGAUCCUGAUCCCAAUCUCUCUUUUUUUCUCUAUCCAGAUGAAAAUUUCAAUCUAAUGAAAGUAAACAACGCAGCCACCGCGAACGACGAGCAAGAAGCACCGAUGUGUCGGACCAUCGAAGUCGCUGUAGUAGACUACCGCGAUCUCUCGCCGCCGGAGGUUCCUGCUCCGGUUCCUGGAGACGAGCUAAGUCUCAUUCCGCCACUGAACUUCGCGAUGGUCGAUAAUGGCAUAUUUAGGUCCGGCUUCCCGGACUCUGCAAACUUCGCCUUCCUCCAAACAUUAGGCCUCCGCUCCAUCAUAUGUUUGUGUCCGGAGCCUUAUCCACAGGCGAACAUGGAGUUUUUGAAGGCCGAAGGGAUUAGGCUUUUUCAGUUUGGAAUUGAAGGUUACAAGGAGCCUUUCGUAAACAUACCAGAGGAUACAAUUCGUGAAGCACUAAAAGUUGUCCUUGAUGUAAAGAACCACCCUGUUCUGAUUCAUUGUAAACGAGGGAAGCAUCGAACUGGUUGCCUUGUUGGAUGCCUAAGGAAAUUGCAAAGAUGGUGCUUGUCUUCUAUUUUUGAUGAGUACCAGCGAUUUGCAGCUGCUAAAGCUAGAGUUUCAGAUCAGAGGUUUAUGGAAUUGUUUGAUAUCUUUAGCUUGAAGCAUCUGCCAAUGUCGUUUUCAUGCUCGAGGAGGUAGACAUCUCAAUAUCUUGAACGGCUUCUUGGUGGAAGUAAAUUAUAGGACCUCCUUUGGAAUAAAUAGGAAAAGCUGAUGAGUUUCUGGAUUCAUUUCUGCUGCAAACGGAUAUUCUUCUUCUUUUUCCUCGCGGAAUAAUAAGGAGCAUAUAUAUACAUAUUUCAUUUGAGCUUUAAGUUCGUCUCCCACCCUUUGAUUUAUUAUAGCAACCUCUGCCGAGUUGUGAACAUGAUUCAGAUGUAGAGCUCUCUUCUUCCGGUGAUUAUAGAAAAGGUUUUGCAGCUAGAACUAGAAAGGCCGUGUACCUAUAAAUUUUGAUGCGCUAGUUGAACAUUAUAAGGACUAAGCAAUCGAAUUUGCGUGUAGAAUUACCUAUUACCUUGGCAUUUUUAUAAUGAUUUGUUGGACGAGAGACUACUUGAAUAAUCA